CUGACUCCAUAGAAUAGCCCAUCAUCUGCCCACACAAGCACUCCAAUUUCCAAAGUAAACGCCUCACACGAAUGGAAGCUUGUCGUUUCCCUGAGCUGAUCCCGGGUUUGCCGGACGAACUCAGCCUCGAGUGCCUCUCACGGCUGCCGCACACCGCCCAGCGAGCCGCUUCCGCCGUCUGCCGGCGGUGGCGCCACCUCCUCCGCAGCCGGGAUUUCUACCACCUACGGCGGAAGCUCGGGCGCACCCACAAGCUCGCCUGCCUCGCACAGGCCCUCCCGAGCCAGCUCCCGCCGGGCGGGCACAAGCCGGUCGGACCCAAGCCGGUCGGACCGCCCCGCUACGCCAUCACCGUCUUCGACCCGGAGACCGGGGCCUGGGACCUGCUCGACCCGGUUCCGGACUACCCGGACGGGCUGCCGCUGUUCUGCCACCUCGCGAGCUGCGACGGCGAGCUGGUGGCCCUCGGGGGGUGGGACCCGGCGACCUACGAGCCGGUGGCCGACGUCUUCGUCUACGACUUCGCGGCGCGGCGGUGGCGGCGGGGCGCGGCGAUGCCCCGGCGGGCCUCCUUCUUCGCCGUGGGCGCGCACGGCGGGCGCGUCUACGUGGCCGGGGGGCACGACGAGGGCAAGAACGCGCUGAGGUCGGCGUGGGCAUACGACGUGGGGCGGGGCGAGUGCGGAGCUGCCCCGAUGAGCCGCGGCCGGGACGAGUGCGAGGGGGUGGUGGCGGCCGGGGGGCGGUCCUUCUGGGUGGUCAGCGGGUACGGGACGGAGGACCAGGGCCGGUUCGAGGGGAGCGCGGAGGUGUACGACUUCGGGGCCGGGGAGUGGCGGCGGGCGGAGGGGGUGUGGCCGCCGGGGCGGUGCCCGAGCUCGCGCGUCGGCGCGGGGAGGGACGGGCGGCUGUUCGACUGGGCCGGGUUGGACCCGGCGGUCCGGGCCGGGACGUGCCGGGUCGAGCUGGGAGGGCGGACCCUGGUGGCGGGGGCGGAGUACGAGGGGGGGCAGGGGUUCUACAUGGCGGAGGGGCAGAACGGGAAAUUGGAGAGGAUCGACGUGCCGGACGACUUCUCCGGGUUCGCCCGGACCGGGUGCUGCGUUGAAGUCUAAAGCAGGGAAAAAGGAGAUCCUUCCCAAAUAUAGGAACGGGCGACUUUAUGUUCGGAGCGUGCGGUUUUGGUCACCGUCUGGAUUGAGAUAUUUUCGCCUGUUUCCUUUUUUUUGGUGCUUUUGUCUUUUCUUUUCGUUUUUGAGAAACGUCUGGAGAUGGGAUUUUGCUUGUGUACGGUUGUAGAUACGGUUUGUCUUUCAGCCAAAGCCGGGAAACACGCCCAGUUUGAUCAUUUCUUUCCUGAGUUUCUGAUGAUGAUGCCUGAAGGGGUUGUGUACAAGCUUGAGCAAUGUAAUUAUGUGUGCUAAGCACCUUUUCUUUCUUAAUAAGAUUGUGUUUGGGACAAA